GUGCUUGCACUGAAUGAAAUGAAAGCAUGCCUGGAUCGUGGCGUGGCGCUGACACCGCGUGAGCUCUGCAUCUUUAAAAUAGGAGAAAAAAAAGCAGAAAAAAAAAGAAACCGAAAGAAAAACAGACAAGCUGCUCAGUCAUAACUGUGGGAUGAUAAGGACUACCUCUUUUUACUUUUGGAGAGAGUCGAGCCGUUAGCAGAGCAUUCAGCAUCAGCUGUUCAACACUGGUCUCUCAUUGCUGGAAGUCGGGGCUGAAUCAGUCACAUGACAGAACUGGAGGCAGAGAUCUAGAGAAAAGGCACAGCAUUUCGGCUAGCACCGCCAUACUGUAUUUUGAGCCAUAUCACAUUUUUAUUGCAACAUUUUACUCCCGCUCGGUGAGUACAUUUCCAAUGGCUUUUUUGUAAGCAUUUUUGUCUUUUUAAUUGCCCCCCCUUUUUUGUUAUUUUUCCUCCUUUUGCUGAUGGUUGAAUUGAGCAUUGACAUGGUGGUUUUGAGCGUUUUUCCACAUCCAGGCUUCAAGUUUUUAGCAUGCAGUUAUUCUGAUCGAGAGUGCCAAGAGGGUAAACGGGUGCGUUAUCGGGAUUGAGAAAGCCUUUACUUGCUUGCAGUUUUGUUUCGAGGGUCGAAACCAAGCAGGUUUUGUCAGUAUUGAGAUUUUUCGAACAUUUAUUGGUGGUUUUGAAACAUUUUUAAUUUUUUUCUCUUUUUUUUUCCUUUUUGUUUCUGUCGACUUUUGCUGUUGCUAUGCUUUGGUUUGCAUUUUGCAGUGUUGUUUGUUGCCUUCGAGUUUUGUGAUUUUGAUGUCUCGGUGAAAUCACCACCGAUCCGAUCCUUGCUUUUACUUUGCGCCUCUUUUCUUUAUGGAAAAAAAAGAGGGGGAAUCAUUUUUAAAGCCCGAUGACAUUUUAACGUGCUACUUUUCUUGCAGCUGAGCUCACAGGUUUGUGGUUUUUGUUUUUGGGUUUUUGUGUUUCUCUCUUUUUCCGAUUUCAUUAUACUUUUGCUGGUGGCAGUGUCAAGUAUUUUUUGGAUGUUAUUUUUUUUGACUAGAUGAUGCUGGGUGGACGAGGGGAGUUUUGAUUCUUGGGGGAGUUCAAUGCGUUCUUGUUUUCAACGAGGAUGAACAGACAUUUUCCCUCUUGCAGGAGGGCAACUGGAGGAGAAUGACUGGUAAAACUCAGACCAGCAACGUGACCAACAAGAAUGACCCUCGUUCCCUCAACUCCAGAGUCUUUAUUGGCAACCUCAACACAGCCAUCGUCAAGAAGACCGACAUAGAGGUCAUCUUCGCCAAGUAUGGCAAGAUAGUGGGUUGCUCUGUGCACAAGGGUUACGCCUUUGUACAAUACAUGAACGAAAGGAACGCCCGAGCAGCGGUGGCGGGGGAAAACGCCCGUAUCAUUGCUGGACAGCCUCUUGACAUAAACAUGGCCGGGGAGCCCAAGCCAUACAGGCCCAAAGCGGGCUCCAAACGGCCGCUCUCAGCUGUCUACAGUGGUUAUGAAUUUGAUUACGAGUACUACAGGGAUGAUUUCUACAGCAGGCUUUUUGACUACCAUGGCAGAGUGGCCCCCCCACCCAGAGCUGUGAUCCCGCUGAAACGCUCCAGGGUGCUCGCUCCCUCCUCCCGCCGUGGGAAGACCUCCUUCCCCAUCAAAACAUCCUCCUCUUCCUCGUCUUCAUCCUCCAGACCUCCCACAUCAUCCUCCUCCGCCGGAGUCAAAUUGAAGACGGACCAACUUCAGACCAUUAAACGAGAGCUCACUCAGAUCAAGAUGAAGAUUGACUCUUUGCUGGGACGCCUGGAGAAGAUUGAGAAGCAGCAGAGAGCUGAAACCGAGGCUCAGAGAAAAUAUGAGGACAACUGCGACUCCCUGCAUGAGGAGUCUGUGUCAGAGACGGCAGAAAACUCUGGAGAGGAGGCCGGCGAGGGGGCGCUGGACGUAGAGGCGGGAGAGAUGACCGAUGGAGGCGAGGAUGACUAUGACGAGGAAGGUAGCCACCAUCUGAUAGAAAACCACGUAUCGGAUAUUGACAACUGAGAUCAGGGUGAGGAAGCAGACGCUCCUGGUCGGUGGUAUUAGAAUUCAUCAUCACCUUCAAGAGACAGGAAAUGAUCUGUAAGGGAUCAAGACACCCAUUCAGGACUGUAAGUUGUGUAUGAGAGACGCCGGAUCACAUUUAGAUGCCUGACUGUGCAGCUCAAACAAAAUGUGAUGUGAUGAUCUCUAAAGAAAAUAUAUUCAAGACCCAUUUUAAUUCAGUGGCCGGAGUUUACUUCAUGUGCAACUUAUAUUUCAUUGGAAGAACUCGCACUCUAAUCCUGAAACUGAAAAAAAUCAAACCGAAGUCAAAGGAAUAAAAGGAUUUAUUUGGAUUUCUAAAUGAAAUUAUGUUCAAAGAUGGAAAUGUUUUUGAUCUAUUGUUACUGCUCUUAUGAAAUGUCCUUGUGCUGUAAUUUCUGUUUUUCAAAGAAUUUUUGUUUAUGCUCAAAUAUCAAAUGAAUAAAUGACAGAACAAUCUGUGACCGUGGUAGGAAAUUCAGCAAAAGAAUGAAACAUCGCUGCCGUCUGCUUCGGAUUUGACUCAUACAUAAGCCAAUAGCUGUGAGCAUAACUUUAUCCAGCUUUAUCCAUUUAUCACACAAAUGCCCUGUGGGGCUGUUCCAUCAUAUAUUCCAACUCCUGCCAAGUUUCAGAAGCAGAAAGGGCUUCCUGUGGUAGAGAGCCAACACUGGCACAGGCCUCCUGCCAGGGAGCAGUGCCCUAACGUCUCAGUGCACUCCUCCCCGCUCAGCUUGUGCAUCCCAACAUGGACUGCUGCUGUUCAGGAGCCAGCGCCUUUCUCCUUCACCCUCUCCUUCUGCAUCCUGCAUUGAUUCCAUUUUAUCUAGUCGAGCCAGCAAAGAAAGGUUUUUUGAAAUGGUGGAACUUGUUAUGAUUUUAAAUUAAACAUUGGCAGGCUUUGAUACUAUCUCAGGAUGAGAUCUUUGAUUCAGAACCCCGAAAUUUCUGGAAUAAUCGAACUUGAAAUAAAGCGUAAUGCUCCAUUAAAACAACUUCACUAGGCACUGAGAUGAUUUGACCGCUCACUCGGUGCAGCUUAUGAACAGUAAAAAAGAAAACAUUGAAAUUUCUUCAACUGUUUAUGUGGAUUGCAUAACAAUCUAUGUAUAGUUUCAGCUUUAGCUGAGCAAUUAUAAUUUACCUGAUUAUACAUAAAUUGCUGCAAAUUGAAUUACGUCGCGAGUGAAUGGAUGUCAGCGCGUUCAGCGUGUUAGUUAUUCAAAUCAAGUUUACUCUGGUAUUUUUCCCCCAUUCAAAUGUAACCACCGCAGUGUAAUUUCAAACAAUAAGAAGCUGACGCUGUUCCUGCUGGGAGGAGGUUGUUGUUGGGACCCAGGUGUCUCAGUUCAUUGCUGUGUAGCAUUCAUGAAGAUGCAUAUCGGCUAAGAUUCUGUUCACACCUUCGUUACAUUAAAAACUUUCAGUGUUUCAGUGUUUGACUAAAAACUUUCACCGUUUGUGUUCUUGCAUUUGAGUUGAUCACCUGUGUCCGAAGGGGAAAACAUGAGACAGAGACUAUUACACAUAUUAAUUUCACCAUUAAUAUUCUUGUAAAUGAAGUAGUUUAAAUGGAUGAUUGUCGUUGUUCUAUGGACAUUACAUUGACAGCAGUACUAAAUAUUCUAACUGGCCUCAGUGGUCCUCAGUAUAUAGGACCACUGUGAUACAUUCAUUAUUUUCAUGGGGAAAACAAACAACUCCCACACCUCUGUUUUGUUUCAUAAAUCACACCCUGACUCCAGAUUUCAAAAUACUGUAGUUUAAGUUAUUAAAAUAUAAAAGCCUUAAACUGGAAUUUGGAUACCGACAAGUUCUUGCUACACAUCGGCAUGCAAACAGAAUGAUGGGAUAACACAAUCUUUCCAUUCUUCUUCUUCACGUUUUAUUGCUGGCAUCCCCGCUUUUUUCUCACUAAAGUUUUAGUUUUCGUCUUAUAAAAGCUUUGUGGGACAUUUUGCAUGCUGGGAGGAUAUCCGACCCAUAGGAGCUUUUAUUUUGCAGGUUUUUUUGCUAGCAAACACAAUUAACAGUCCUUGGUGAGUCCACUGAAUUAAAAGGACAUUUUUUGUGAGUUAAUGAAAACUUUGGUUUUUUAGAAUUACAGGACAGCGUGGGCAGUGAACUGCCAGAACCUCCUCUGUAAUUUUAUACAUUUAUGAUGUAGUUUCACUGGUCCAGCCCACUUCAGAUGUAUGUGGCCCACAAUGUAAAAUAAGUUUAAAAUCCCAGAAUUAAACCAUCUGAUUGGUGCUAAACCUCUGAAUUAUCAAAGGUACUAAUAAGAACUUCCCCUUUCUUAGAUAUGUUUAUGAUAUAGUUAAUGUUAGUAAGAAGAAAACAGGUCAGUUUCAGCCCACUGUAUUUAUAUUAAAUGGUAUAUUAUAUACAUAUUUGAGAUUGUUGAAGUUCUUAUUAGUAGUUGAACUAUAAUAACUAACAAUGCCAUGUAGCUAGUUAGCACCAUGUUGCUCCAUCGGCUACUUGAUGCUACAAAGUGAUCAGCUGGUACAUAUUCUUUUAAAGCUAUUAGCAUAGUUUAAAGGUUCCCUGAUGAAGAAGGAUUAUUGUUUGGAGUAACGCUACUAAAAAGGUGCAUCCUGGAUACAUAAGAAGGCUAUAUAAGACAUUUUUAAUUCACUCAAAAUACCAAAUUAGAAAUUGGUUAUAAAUAAUUAAUAUAUUGUUAAUAAUACAAAAGACUUUCUCAAUCAUUUCUUGAUAACGCUGAAACCUUGUUUUUAAGUUGGUGUUCAUUGAAUUGCUAAAGGUUUGAUCGACCCUGGUGUAAUCAAGAUAAAAUAUAAAUUCAUCACUCAGCAUUCUUUUGAAAAACAGUGUCAUAAUUGCUCUAAAAAAUACACUCAUCUGUGGUGUUUUUUAAUUAUUUUUUUGACUGUGGAGAAAAUAUUGGUUCUCAAAAACUAUGAAUACCAGUUAAUGUGUUGGUUGUAUUCGAAUUGAUUUUAAUUGUUCAGUGAUUUGAAAAGCGUAAACAAAAAUUAUUGUAGCUUGAAAGUACCAAACCAAGGCUAUCAAAAUUCCAUGCCAACAAGAGUAGGUAAGCAAAUUUUGUUUUGUGAUUUGGUUGAAUAAACUCCCUUCAGCAGAAGAUUUCGAAAAUGGAAAGUCACUUUGCACAAUAUUAUAAAUACACUACUUAGUCCUGGCAGGGCUACUUGGGGAAAAACAUGCAUAAAAUCAAAAAAAGAUUAUCCUGAAGCUCAUUGAAAAUAAGUAUCUGGUGAAUGAUGAUAAUGUGUAAUAUUUAGCACUAUUUUUGUAUCCCGAACAUGUUUAAAGGAAAUGGCUUUGCAACAUGUUUUUCUUUUUUGGUUUGUUUGUGUUGGGGGAGGGGGUUUUGUCUGGGUUCUUUUUUUGCUGGUAGCCUGUUUUUUGAUGGACAGUAUGGUGACGUGUCAAAUAUUCUGCAAAAACACAGAAAAAAACCCUCAUUGCUUUUAACUGUCGUAAUUUAUCUGGGUCACUUUAGAACACUUUUGGCUCAACUCGAUUUUCUUUCCGCUGUAAAUAGCCCUUAUCAUGUUUAUUUCAAAAAGGCUAGAUGAAUUUUAAAAGUUAAAAAUAAUCAAAAAUAAUACACUGAGAGUUUGUUGGAGUAAUUGCAGGUUUAAACCAGAAUCGUGGGACUUGUAGAGAUGUGUAACUGAUAACUGUUGUAUAGAAAUGUACAUUUUUUUUGUAAAAAUAUUUUUAUCAAAAGGCAUGUUUACUGUAACUUUGUAUUUUCAGUUCAUGUAUAAAACGUUAUAUUAUAACUGUUGUAUGAAUAGAAACUUCAUUGUCAUUGUAGAUAAAAAUUUGUGUUAUCAAACAAUAAAAAAAACCUGUUUGUGUCAUUUAA